AGCACGACGCUCGCGACAUGUUGAGCGGCACGAGCACGCCUGUCGGCGGCGGCGGCGGCGCCGGCAUCGGCGGUCCGGCGUCGCGCUUCGACUCGAGCUUCUACCGGUCGCACGACGCCAUGAGCGCCAUCCCGUCCGACGCCCAGUCGGUGCGUUCCCAGGCGACGUACUCGUCGGGCCUGCCCACGUUCAGCCAGGCGGGCUACCCGGCGUCGAUGAAGCGCGGCGGCGCGGGCGGCGUCGGCGUCGCCGGCACCUACGCCUCGUCGACCUUCUCGCAGGACCUGCUCUCGAGCGCAGACGGCGCGAGCGAGUACAAGAGCCAGGCUGGGUGGACCAACGACGACGACGCGCGCACGACAUACACGGCGUCGAACUUGACCGAUUACUGAGCGUCGCUCGGACCUGCGCCCUCGAGUCGAGCUCGUGGUCGGGCACCUCCGUCCUCCCUCCGCCUCGACUUUCUCGGACCCGCCGCCGCGAUGCGCUCGCUCCGCCUCGGUCGACACCUCGCUCUCCC